AUGGUCCGCCACAAAAAGGACUUUGCCGGCCGCGGCAAGAAAUCUGGUUACCGCGGCGGCGGCGCCAGCAGGGGACCACCCCGCCAACACCAACACCAACACGACGGCGACGGCGACGACAACGACGCCUCCUCGCCCGGCGCGUCCUCGCGCCCGGCCUUCAAGGCCGCCUGCUGGGACCUGGGCCACUGCGACCCCAAGCGCUGCUCCGGCAAGAAGCUCAUCCGCCUGGGCCUCAUGCGCGACCUGCACAUGGGCCAGCGCCACAACGGCGUCAUCAUCACCCCCAACGGCAAGCAGGUCGUCUCGCCCGCCGACCGCGACCUCAUGGACCAGUACGGCGCCGCCGUCGUCGAGUGCUCGUGGGCCCGCACCAAGGAGGUCCAGUGGAACAAGGUCGGCGGCAAGUGCGAGCGCCUGCUGCCCUACCUCGUUGCCGCCAACACGGUCAACUACGGCAAGCCCUGGCGCCUCAACUGCGUCGAGGCCCUCGCCGCCGCCUUCUACAUCUGCGGCCACCCGGACUGGGCCGAGCAGAUCCUCGCGCCCUUCUCCUACGGCCGGUCUUUCCUCGACAUCAACGGUAGCGUCCUGAGACGCUACGCCGCCUGCGCCGACGCGGCCGAGGUGAAGAAGACGGAGGCGGAGUGGAUGGACCGCCUGGAGAAGGAGUACGUCGAGAGCAGGGAGCAGGGCGGCGACGACAUGUGGACGAGCGGCAACACAAAUCACAUGCCCAUGGCCUCUUCGGAUGACGACGACGACGAUGAUGAUGAUGACGAGGACGAUGAAGAUGUGCACUCCGACGUCAGCGUAGACGGCAUAUACCUGGGCAAGCGGCCCCUCGACCCGAAACCAGGAGAAAUACCCGCCGCGCACGGGGAACAAAGUCAAAGAUCAAGGGACCAGUUCGACAUCUCCGACGACAGCGACGACGAGGCCGCCAUGGCCGAGAUCCGCCGCAAGGUGCUAGCCUCCAAGACGUUUUCCAACCCCAACCCCGACCGCGACGAUGAGCACCACCACCACGACCCUGAGGCGGCCGACCGCGACAGGAAACCGGCGACGAUCCCGCGCCCCCAGCAGCGGCACCAGUACAAGGCCGACUUCGAGAUCCGGCCGGACUCUGACAACGGCGAGGACAGCGACGGGAGCGGGCUAGGCGGCGGGAACGACCGUGACGAGGACGACGGCGACGACGAUGAUGAGUUUGACAACAUCAUCGAGGCGACGCCCGUGACGGACAAGAUUGGGCUGGCUAAGCUGGAGAAGGAGCGGAGGCAGGCCACCACGACGAGCAGGACGUACUCCUCCAAUGUCGUGUCUGCGCCGAAUAGAUGGUAA